AUGCGAACAUCAAUUUAUCACGAUAAUAUCGAUAAUGUAUCUGAAAUCUUAGCAAAUUUUUUUAACAAAUAUACACAUCCUCGCAUUAUAGACUGGUGUUUAACUAAAAAUAUUAUUGUCGAUAAUAAUACAAACGAAGUUUUAAGGCCGAAAGAUUACAACUUCCAAAGAUUUGUUGACGCAAUAACAAGCCGGGAUCUUGAUCCUACUCAAAUUACAUUAAUUUCUGACGUCCAAACAUACGAACAAAUUUUUCCUAAUGACAGUAUGAUACUCGUAACUUUUAUGAAAUUCGUUCUUGGAUUAACUUAUCUUAUAUUAGACCAACCCAGAAAUUUUAAACUUGAAGAUGUUUAUCCAUUUAUUGGAAUUACGUAUUUUGUGUACGACAAAAUAAACAAUUCCUCAUUAUUAAAUUCAAAUCUUAAGAAUAAGGCUCUUAUUCUACGGGACAUUCGUAAUUUAUGGAGUAUUUUCCUUCUUAGAAAGACCAAUAGUCAUACUAAUUUGGAUUUAUCACCUGCAUUUAAUAUUAUUGAUGGUGGUACUUCUCGAACUUCAAUCCCUUUAUCACUUUACAUUCAAAAUCCAUUAAUUGAAGUACUUGGUUAUGUAGACAAUAGUAUUUAA